AUGGAUCGUGCUCGUGGAUUGUGCCAGUGGAUUGUUCCCGUGGAUUGUUCCCGUGGAUUAUUCCCGUGGAUUAUUCCCGUGGAUCAUGCUCGUGGAUCGUCCCAGGGGAUUGUUACCGUGGAUUAUUCCCGUGGAUCAUGCUCGUGGAUCCUGCUCGUGGAUCGUGCUCGUGAAUCGUGCCAGUGGAUCGUGCUCGUGGAUCGUGCUCAUGGAUCGUGCUCGUGGAUCGUGCCCGUGGAUCGUGCCAGUGGAUUGUUCCCGUGGAUUUUUCCCGUGGAUCAUGCUCGUGGAUCGUGCCCGUGGAUCAACAACUAA